CUGUAUGAGAGUGAUUUGAGAGAAAUCUACCACCAUAAACUCCGGCCAAACCCAAAUAGUUUCCAGCAAGUUUUUUCUUUCAAAAUAUUUUUUUUUCUGACCCAACACAACAAACUCCUCUUACCAAAAAUGCAGCAAAGAUGCUGUGAUGAUGAAGGUUAACUUUAGGUCCUUCAAUCUUUGAAAGUGGUUGAUAAAAGGAUGCAACCAAUUUGUUAAGGCAGAAGAGAGUAUGUGAAGCUGUGAAGUUGAAGGUUAACUUAAUGUCAUUCAAUCUUCUUGAGGCAGAAGAUCUGCAAGAAGCAAGAUCAAAAAAUGCUGGUUUGAUGAUGUUUUAUGUUGCUGGUAUGGGUGGUGUUUUAUGCUACAACAUUAGUCCAAAAAAGGCAAGGAUGGCUUGUGAAGGUGCAGAUUGGGACCAUGAGGGUACUCAACAUUGCAUCAAGUCAUUUUCAUGACCGAGUAGCCAAGUCUUUAGCCCAAGAAAGCUAUAGAAGAUGUAGAAGAUGAUGAAGCAACACUUUGAGGUACCAAAAUCCUUGUUUUAUUUACUCAGAAAAUGCAACUUAGUUGAAAAACCUCCAAAAUUUGUUUGAGGCAGCAAAAUCCAAAGAAGGAAAGUUGUAAUGAAGGAGGAGCUGAGGUUGUUUGAGAAGGAUGGUACAUGACUAUGGAGAAAAAAUGUGAAAACCAAGCACAAGAUGGACAACAAAGGGCUGAUCCCAGGUGCUUAGCAUAAAUCUAUUUUUGUUUUGAUUUUACAACUUUAACACCAAGGAUGAGUGUUAGAGUUGUGGUGUCAAAGCUGCAGCAGUGGAAGCAAAUUGAAAGACGUGAGAGCUGCAACAUGACUGCACAGUAGCAGCAAACUGACAACAGCAUGAAGCUGCAUAUGGGCUGCAAAAUGGCAGCAAAUCUUUUGAAUGUAAUCUUGUUUUAAAUGUUUGAUAGAUUUUCUUGCAUUACGUAAAAUAUUAGGUGAGAAGAAAUUAUUUCUUUAUUA